UUCGCUAGUGAUUAAGCGCGGCAAAGAUAAACCCUCUUCCUACAAAAGGGAAAAGAACUUUUUGUUUGUUUGUUUGUUUGUUUGGCACUGAAUAUUAUCUGCAAAAUGGCUCAUGUGGCCUCGAACUCCAUCCACACAUUCCGGCCACAUUUCCACACCGCCGAAUCCCCGCCGCCGCCGCCUAUCAGAGCCUUCUUCCGUUGCCGGGAUGAAUCCCGUAGACGCUUCCCCGUCGUAGCGUGCCAAACCAAACCCAACUCCCCGGCUGAGAGCUCCACCGUCGAGGAAAAGGAGCCUGCUAGUUUGGGGACGGACAGCGCCGGCGAGACGACGAGUUCGUCUUCUGAUUCUGCUGGUCUCCCCGAAUUCCCGACAAGGAAUCUGAAUCGAAGGAUAGCAGUUGGUUCAGGGCUCUUCGGCGUCGGCCUUUUCGUUUCGGGGCGGCUGGAUUUUGGGGUUUCCCUGAAAGAUUUAUCCGCCGCUGCAUUGCCUUAUGAAGAGGCUCUAUCGAAUGGGAAGCCGACGGUGGUGGAGUUCUAUGCAGAUUGGUGCGAGGUUUGCAGAGAGUUAGCCCCAGAUGUGUACAAAGUCGAGCAGCAGUACAAAGGGCAAGUGAAUUUUGUGAUGCUGAAUGUGGACAACACGAAGUGGGAGCAAGAGCUGGAUGAGUUUGGAGUUGAGGGGAUCCCACAUUUCGCGUUCCUCGACAGAGAUGGGAACGAAGAAGGCAAUGUGGUUGGGAGGCUGCCGAGGCGGUACCUUCUGGACAAUGUCGAGGCGCUUGCUAAAGGGGAGGCAACCGUGCCUCAUGCUCGCGUGGUUGGGCAGUUCUCGAAAGCAGAAUCAAGGAAACCUCGCCCGGUUACUGAUCCUAGAAGCCAUGGUUGACUGGAUUGGAAGUGCAGUUUCUGCAUCUCCAUUUGAAAAAACAAGUUUGGUAAUUCACAGUUGACACUAUCGUUAACUUUCAUGUAUACUGAAGCCUUGUACUUUUGAACGAUGCAUACCUCAUGUCAACUUGAUUGUGAAUAUACAUUGCAGUUUACACUUUACAGCGUUUGAAAUCGGCUUAUCUGUGGUUCCUGCUGAGGUUUUCUCUUUUAGGAAGACAGAAUCAAUCCUUGAUUCCAGUGUUUGCUGUUACAUGCAUGUCGUUAUGUAGAGACAACUUCUCGGAAGAUGCUGAACCCAUCCAAAUGGGAUAUUAGCCCGUUCAGAUUUAUCACGAUUACGGUAGGAGAACAACAACAAAAUGAACUUCAUCUCAGGUUUUCAAUUACAGUGUUGUAUAUUGAGGAUCUGCUAUGAAACUACAUAAUAUAUACCUCAAUUGCAUUCACAGGAAGAUGGGUCAGGGAUCUCUGUAGAACCAAGCACUCAACUUCACUGUACUGCAUUACAUCAAUAAGCUGUUCGAUGAAGGCGAACUGUGUUCACCGAACCAAGGAUCCUGCACCGAAACAGGGGAGCUAUCUUUCACUCCUUCCUCCAGUGAACUCAAAUGCUCCGCCUGGUUCCUCUCCGGAACAAACAACCUCUUGCUCCCAAUGCUUGCCUUCUUGGUCAAGAAUUAACUGUUAGGAACGGAACAACAAAAGGAACGAGGUUACCGAAUCUGGAGCUGAGUCGCGGACUAGGUCGCUUUCUUUAAGAUGUUCGCGGCACUGCCUUCGAUGCGCACGACAGACUAUCAACCGGUCGUCUCCAGGAUAAAACAGCUCCUCUCAAUACUCGCGGUUUUGUGCGAAAACCGAAGCUCUCUAAACACUCUCUCUAUUGUGUUUCUGCUCGUUGUGAUGUGUUUAGAGGGGCUGGGGAGGCGGCUAUUUAUAGGAGCCGAACCCCUAGGAAUAUACCCUCUUGCUUGGGGAAUAAGUCGGAUUAAUUAAGGAAGAUAAUUACUUCCUUAAUUAAAAUCGUCGGUUAAGAUAAACCCGGAGGGAUUAUCCUUCGAAUAUUCCGUUUUAGUCGAUUAUCCUUAGGAAUAUACCUCAGAAUAACCG